AUGACAAUCAACAGAGAAACCACGGUCCCCUUCCACCUCAAACUGUUCUUUCGCCAAAACGCCUACCACGCCCUCACGGACUUUCCAAUCCCUACACCCACGGGGCCCAACAGUUCAAGGGAGCUCCCUCCACAUCUAGAAAUCUACACAUGGCAGUCAUGCUCGUUACGUGAGCUGUCUAGUCUGCUAGCUGGCGCGUUACCAUCACAACUGCCUGAUCCUCAAGCCGGGACCAGGCUAUGUUUCAGACUCAUAUACCCCGACACACGCGGCGCGGCGACGGAGGGACGAGGACGAUAUCUUUCGAAAGACAUCGGUAGCGUAAUACUCGGACGAUCAUCAGAGAAAAACGGACACGACGAGCAACGAACCAAUGGCGCGCGACGACCGUUCACGGAGAAAGAUAGCUCCAGUCAAGACGAAGGAGACAAGACGCUAGCCGAUGCGCGGUUCGUGAUUGGCGAUUAUGUGGAUGUUGCGAUUCUACCUCCGCUCGAUGAUGGGAGUGUUGCGCCACCGGUGCAGGGUGGCAGAGGGCCCCUUGGAGGACCUAUUGGGGGUGGAAUGAGGGCGUUUAGAGCGCCGCGUGAGAAUGGAGGUGGCGGAGGGAGGCGGGGUCCUGGGGGAGGGGGGAUGGGACGGGGACCACCAGGGAAUGGGUUGCCUAGUGGGGAUUGGAAGAGAGGUGAAAGAUUACCAGAGGAACGUGGUGGUGGAUGGGGGAGGCGCAGAGGUCCGUAUUAG